AUGGUUUCGUUCCUACGGACCCUACGGUCUGCAUAUCGCGUUGGCAUCAAAGAAUGGUGGCGUCAAUUGCAGUACAUCGGCGACGCAAAAUCUGGCAAAUUUAUGGGCAAGGACCAGUUCGGCAACCGCUAUUUCGAGAACUUGAACCCAACGGAGGAAUUACCAGGGCGUCACCGAUGGGUUGACUACGCUCAGCACUAUUACAACGCAACGCAAGUACCUGCUGAAUGGCACGCUUGGCUUUCUCAUAUCCGCAAGGAGCCGCCUCUAGAGGAUCGGGUCAUGCAGAACCUUUCGCCUCCGUGGAAGGGGCGUUGGGUUGAGAACUUGACCGGAACCAGAGGAGCAUACAGGUCAUACAACACAACUCGCCCGAAGUAUGAGGCUUGGGAGCCCAAAGUAGCUGCCCGAGGAGGACCAUCGUCAUGA